GUGUGGAUGUGUGCGUGUGGAUGAAGGCUGUGAUGGGAACUUGAGCUUCCGAAAAGGCAGCAUCACCGCGCGCUCUGCCUCCGCAGCGAUCCGCUCUUUCAGCAGCCGAUGGUUGUCCCUCACUGAGUCAACAUCCAGAGAACAGUUAAUUUCCUUAAAUAGCCUCCGCAGGGCAUGAACGUAGGAUUCUUAUCCAGCUGAAUUUCGGAUUUAAAGCGGGGAGAGGAGAGCGUUUGUUCCCUGGACAUCAUUUGAAGUCAUGCCAGUCCCAGAACAGCCUGCCGAAGCAGAGAAUGCCACCAUGCUCAGUCCAGCACUGAAUGCUUCUAAUGAUGAUGGAUCUGAGACAGAGACCACCUCUGCCAUUCUGGCCUCUGUGAAAGAGCAGGAACUGCAGUUUGAAAGAUUAACUCGAGAGCUGGAGGCGGAACGUCAGAUAGUGGCUACUCAGCUGGAGCGAUGCAAACUGGGAUCUGAGACAGGUGGCAGCAUGAGCAGUAUCAGUUCAGCCGAUGAGCAGUAUCGCUGGAAUACCCAAGAUGGACAGAAAGACAUUGAGGAGGAACUAAACACAGGUCUGGAACUGGUGGACUCGUGUAUCCGCUCCCUACAGGAAUCUGGGAUCUUGGAUCAUCAAGAAUACACCACAGCUGACAGACCGAGUCUGCUCUCUCAGAGCUCACUGCAGCUCAGCUCGAACCCAGAGGGCUCCCUCCAGUACUCCGCCAGCUACCAUAGUAACCAGACCCUGGCCCUGAGUGAUUGCGUGUCCGCACCACAAUCUCAGCAGCCUCAACCCCCUCCACGCUCCAGCGGGCAGCCCGGAGGAGCUGUGCAUAGCUACAACCAGGUGACAUCUAACCGUGCAGCACAGCUUGCGGCGGGCGACUCUUGUCAGAGCCAUGGUGGUGCCCUGCUGUCCGAUUCCCAGCACCCCUCUGCAGCGUCCGGCCCGGGCCUGUACUACUCCUGCUCUACUCUGCCUGCCAAGCGCGUCAGCUCUCCCCUGAACUCAAUGCAGUCCACGGUGACCAGCGGAUCCCCGACUAAACUGCAGCGUCUGGGUUCGGCCUCCGACACACCCGGCUACGCCACCACCCAGCGCCUGCCCUCCUCGUCCUCCUCAGCCUCCCCCAAGCCUUCUCCAGGCAGGCUUGCGAAAUCCUAUAGCAGUAGCUCACCGAUCAAUGCGGUGGGGAUCGGAGGAACGCCCGGUACUCACACUUCAGGCUCCCCUCACCGGUUGACGUCUCCGCCCAAUAACGCGUCGCCUAUCUAUCAGCAGCUGCAGACCGCAGGAGUGUCGACUUACGCUACGCUUUCACCUACCAAAAGGCUGGUGCACUCAUCUGAGCAGUACAAGAUAUCCCAUGAUCUCUACGCCACUGCCACUCUACAGAGACCUGGCAGCCUUGCUGACCUAGUGAACCAGUUCUGUGAGCAGGUCCUGAACUUCUUGUUUUGUCCCUACUCUCCUGCCAUAGCCCCAUCCUCCCCUGGUGUUGACUCCGUACCCUUGCAGCGAACAGGAAGUCAGAAUGCCACAGGGACGUUUCCCAGAGGUGGCUACUCGUCCGGUCAGGGCGCCAAUUACACAGAUACUUACCGCACGUUGCCGUACUGCUCAUCAGUGGAGUCUCCCUACAGCAAGUCCGGCCCUGCCCUGCCACCCGAGGGCAACCUGGCCCGCUCGCCCUCCAUUGACAGCAUUCAGAAGGAUCCCAG